AUGAGAGAAAUAGUUCAUAUUUAACGAAGUCUAUGUGGUAAUGAGAUAAGUUCUAAAUUUUGGGAAAUCUUUUAAAUCAAAAUGGUAUUAAUUCAACACAAGCAUAUCUCAUAAACUCAGAUCUUCAAUUAGAGAGAAUCAACUUGUGUUGUAAUGAAGUCUAAGGAUUUAGACAUCUCCAAAGAGCUAUUCUUUUUGACUUAGAAUGAAAUACUGGUAUUUAUUUGUUUCAUUUUAGGUUCUAUAGAUACAGUCAGAGCAGGACCACUAGGAUUAAUUUUCAAACUUAGCAUUUUUAUACUUAAUUAAACAGAAAAAGUUAAAAACUAGGCAAAGGAUCUUUAUUCUGAGGGUGCUAAUUUUAAUUGACUAAGUUUUAGAUGUAGUAAGAAAAAAAGCAGAAAAUUUAUGUAUACAUUAAACAACAGUGUGUGACAUAGUAGCAUAUUAUCAAUUAAUUAAUUAAUUAAUUAAUUAAUUAAUUGAAAACGUUAAUUAGUGCAUGAUUAUUGAUAAUGAAACCUUACAUGAUGAUAUUUGUAUCAACAAAUUGAAAUUAACUCAGCCCACUUACGGUGAUUUAAAUUCUGCUGCAAUUUCAGAAACUACAUGUUCUCUUAGAUUUUCAUGUAAAUUUAAUUCUGACUUGAGAAAAUUGGCAUUCAAUUUGAUUCCAUUCCCAAGACUUCAUUUCUUAAUGAUUAGAAAUUGA